GGCCGCCUGCCCUUCAAGUGGAUGCCACCAGAGGCGCUGACGUGCGGACAGUACACGAUGAAGAGCGAUGUGUGGAGCUACGGGGUCGUGCUCUGGGAGAUCACCACCAUGGGUGCUAGCCCCUACCCCGGGGUGCCCAUCAACAGCUUGCUGGAAAUGCUGAAGAGCGGUUACCGGAUGGCUAUGCCAAAAGACUGUCCGGACCAUCUCUACGAGAUGAUGCAGAAUUGCUGGCUGGAGAAGUCCGUCGAUCGACCGACCUUUUCUGAACUCGGCAGCACGUGUGAGCGGCUGCUUAACUACGGCACAGACCUGUCGGUGGACAGCCUGGCCAACAGCAGCGGCCCGUCGUCGCCGUCGUCGUCGUCAGAAUUGAGCAUACCGCUGAACCCUGUCAAACACAUCGUCUUCACGACUUCGAAUCCGACGUACGGCACAGCGGAGACGUCGAACGUAUGA